AUGGAUCGUGCAGUGGACGGCCUUGACUAUCCUCUACCAUACACACACGGCCUAAUCUUUUUCAUUCAAGAGAAAGAGNCUGACAACGGCACGCGUCCGCCGGUCGCCGCCGCUGCCGACGACGACGUCGACGUCGGCGGCGGGACGCAGGUGGCCCCGGGCACGGUUCCCGUCGCCGUCGUCACCGUCGUCACGAACGUGCUCGUCAUUGUCGCUAUCGCGCGUACGCCGCACCUGCAGACGAACACGCACCGCCUGCUCGCAAACCUCGCCGCAGCCGACGCCGCCUUCGCACUGUUCCUGAUCGGCUUGUCUCUCGGCGACGUCGUCGUCGGCCGCCACCGCUACGGCAAGUUCGGCUGCUUGCUGGCGAUGACGUCCAGCGUGCUGAUUACGAUGUCGAGUCUUGCCGGCCUGCUGCUCAUCACUGCCGACCGCUACGUCGCCGUCACGCGGGCCGUCCGCUACAAGACGCUGGUGACGGUCGGCAGGACGCGCGCUGUCGUUGCUCUCACCUGGUCGUACGGCUUCGCCACCGCAGCGACGUCCUUCGGCGUCGCGAUGCUACACUGGUCACGCUGCGACGCAUUCCGUAUUGUGACGCAUAUCGUACUGUGA